UGACAGGAUCCAGCUGAACCCGAACGGAGCAGCGGCGGCGCAACAGUGAACUUAUGAGCAGCCUGUGAUGCACACGGGUGACGCCGCGCUCUCGUAGUCGCAUAAGCAAAGACCGCCGUGGGAUCGGACUCUGCCUGCUGCGCCUCAUCUGGAAUAACGUCAGGAAAAUCCAGACAUUUCAUCAACCGGGUGGUUUUUUUCCCCCAAGAAGCCAGUAGUGUUGAGAAUAAUCCCUUUUGGGCAAACGUUUCCAAACGCAAAGGGUUUUUUUUUUCUGUACUUUGCAGAAGCCAUAGCAGAUUUAUUCGGUUAGAGCAUCACCAAAAAUAGACUGUGAAAAGGAACCAUGGGAAAGCAGAACAGCAAGCUGACCCCCGAGGUGAUGGAGGACCUGGUGAAGAACACGGAGUUCAACGAGCACGAGCUGAAGCAGUGGUACAAAGGCUUCCUGAAGGACUGUCCCAGCGGCAGGCUGAACCUGGAGGAGUUCCAGCAGCUGUAUGUGAAGUUCUUCCCCUACGGCGACGCCUCCAAGUUCGCACAGCACGCCUUCAGGACCUUCGACAAGAACGGCGACGGCACCAUUGACUUCCGAGAGUUCAUCUGCGCCCUGUCCAUCACGUCCCGCGGCAGCUUCGAGCAGAAGCUCAACUGGGCCUUCAACAUGUACGACCUGGACGGCGACGGCAAAAUCACCAGAGUGGAGAUGCUGGAGAUAAUCGAGGCCAUCUACAAAAUGGUGGGCACCGUGAUCAUGAUGAAGAUGAACGAGGACGGCCUGACACCGGAGCAGCGGGUGGACAAGAUCUUCAGCAAGAUGGAUAAGAACAACGACGACCAGAUCUCGUUGGAGGAGUUCAAGGAGGCGGCCAAGAGCGACCCGUCCAUCGUGCUCCUGUUGCAGUGCGACAUGCAGAAGUGAGCCGGCCGCUCGCUCCUCUUCCUCCCCCGCCCCCUCCCCACCACCACCACCACCCCCCCUCCGUCCGUAAUCCACACACUCUGGACAGCAGCACACGUUUUAAUGUCUCAUUAGGUUCUCUGCCAUUUCCACAGGAAAAAAAAAAAGAAAACGACAAAAAAAAAAAAAAACACAACACACACACACACACAACAACAAUGCUUGGACUAUUUUUCAAUGGACUCGCUUCUUGUGGUCGUAUGCAUGAGAAUGUCAAAUGCUGAAUAAUUUUGAAUAUAGCUAUAAGAUAUCAUACAUUUCUAUCUGAAAACCUGCCAACGUGAUUUGUGCACAGUAACCCUAUACAUUCUCAUCCAACCUUAGCUUGUAUAUCGGUGGAGCACUGCGUCAAAUUAUGUUCCUGCAGUAUUUAGGAUCCCCAGUGUUCACUGCUGCAACUACUGUAUGCUUUACAUAAUAGUAACAAAACAAUAAUUCCUAUGAUAAUUGUAACCGUCUCUACUAUCCAGACUUGGUGAGCUCUUGGAGAAUAGAGAGGCUCCUGUCUGUUCCAGAUGUUUUCACACGAUGGAAUCAAGAAGAGUAGGUUCUUUGCAUGCAUAUAUUACGUGUCGAAAAAAAAAAUAUAAUCUCUUACCUUUUGCAUCUUUAGGUGGUUAUUAAAAGAGAAAACCGUCCGAAGUUCAUUUAGUAUUGUUGCAUGGGAUGUACAGUGUGUGACUCAUCGGCCCAUUAGUUCACCUCCAGAGACGUGGACGCACGCUUCCCCCCAUUAGACGCACGGAUGCUGUGUGUGCGACACGUCCUGAGGGCUGUUUUUGGGGAGCAGUCGUGGGCUCGUCUCCGAGGCAGAGCUGUCGCGCGAACACUGGAUUAUGUUUUUGCUUCUGGAGCGAGCGGAAUUACGACUUCGUUGUACCGCUGGCGCUUAAACGUAGAGGGAAGGUGAGAAUUACCGCAGCGCACGCGCAUUGUUGCUCACGAUGACCCGUAAAUUGGCUCCUUUUUCCCCGGCUGCGCGUUUGAUUUGGCGAUUUGACUGAGUACAUAUCAACAUGUUUACAGAAAUUAAGAGCACUGCUGAAGGAGUGCAGCCUCGCUCUCUCUCUGGGCCGGGGGCCGAGCGAGAUGGGCAUGUUUACUGGACACACUGCAUUCCUAGAGAGCCCCCCUUUUGACGCCGUGCGGUCUCACGUACCAAUUUGCUUCUGUUCGCGACGCAGGACCUUCGAGGAAAGUGCUCGAUGAAGCUUUUGAAAGAGAGUCUCAGUGCGCGGAGGCGGCGGCUUGACGACGUGGUGAAAGUUGAGGCGGGAGUUCUCUUUCAACAGCUUCGCAUCCCCAGUUUGAGGCUAUGCAAGCGAGGACGGAGUGUCGGCUUGAAGUCCACUUGUAUUAGUGGAGGUUGCAGAAGCUUUUCACUGUUCUGUCCAUGAUAUAACGCUCACGUUAUUAAUGUCGAUAUUAUUUACACAUUUCAGUACAGUCAUCACGUCGGAAUCUUUGUCUCGUAAAUGUUUAUAUCAAAUAUGAUCAUAACACCAGUGACUGUGUUCUUUUUUUUUUUUUCUUUUUUAACAUGUGGCAUGUGUUGCACCUAAUUCUGUAGUGAUGAAAACAAAUAAACCAUCAACGGGCUUUUUCCAAACACA